CGCCUCCUCGCCCGGCGCUUGCCGCGGCGCGCCCGAUGCCCGUGGGCGCGGCGGCGCGCCGGGCGCGGCGCCGCGGCGCCUUCGCGCGGGAAGAGCGGCGGGCCAGCGGAGCAGGACGCUGGUAGCUGGCCGCCAGCGGCAGAUGCCCCUGGGCUCGUCCAAGAGCUGCAGCAGCCUGCACGGGCCGUCCCUGGAGCCCGACGCCUUGGCCGCACCCGGCGAUGAUCCAGGCCGCGAGCUCAGCGACGACGAGGCCCAGCUGGUCUGCGUCCGGGCCCACAGCGGAGCCCACUCCGUCCGGGUGGUGUUCUACACUAGCGAGGGUGAGCGUGCUUUCAUUUUGGACUCCAUCGAGGCGAUGAUGUGGAUGUCCGACACGCAUCAAGCUUUGGUCAGGU